CAAUUAUUUCCUAAGAGUAACUGUUGAUACUAAGUGAUUUUAAACUGCAGUUUUACAAUUUAAUUAAUAUUUCUACAGUAGAUAUUUUUCCUUAAGGUCUUAUAAUUUACAACAUAACCACAAUGGAAGUAACAGAUGAAAAUUUAGCUACAUUAGCUAAUUAUUUACAACAAACUUUGAAUCCCGACCCUAACAUACGAAGACCCGCUGAAAAAUUCCUUGAAGGUGUAGAAAUUAAUCAGAACUACGCUAUACUCCUGCUUCAUCUGAUUGAUAAAGAUACAGUGGAUAUGACAAUAAGAGUCGCUGCUGCAAUUACAUUCAAGAAUUACGUCAAAAGGAAUUGGUAUUUUGAUGAAGACGGCAAUGACAGGAUACAUGCAUCAGACAGAUCAACAAUUAAGUUACUCAUUGUUUCGCUGAUGCUCAAGUCACCUGAGGCAAUACAGCGGCAAUUCAGUGAUGCCAUCUCCAUUAUUGGGAAAUCAGAUUUUCCAGAGAAAUGGCCAGGACUUAUUGCAGAAAUGGUUGAGAAGUUUGCCAUGGGAGACUUCCAUGUGAUAAAUGGUAUUUUGAGAACGGCACACUCACUUUUCAAACGGUACCGAUAUGAAUUCAAAUCACAAAAGCUGUGGGAGGAGAUCAAACAUGUACUGGAGAACAUUGCGAAACCGCUCACUGAUUUGUUUGUAGCAACAUUGGAUUUAGCAAAUACACAUGCUGGCAACUCGCAAGCAUUAAAGGUUAUAUACAGUUCCUUAGUGUUGAUAUGUAAAGUGUUCUACUCACUAAACUAUCAAGACUUACCAGAGUUCUUUGAAGACAAUAUGCCAAUCUGGAUGCCAAACCUAUUGAAUUUAUUGCAAGCUAAAGUGCCAUGUUUGGAAGUCAAUAAUGAUGAUGAUGUUCCCGGAGUUAUGGAGCAAUUGCGGAGUGAGGUGUGCGAGUGUGCUGCCCUCUAUGCUCUCAAGUAUGAAGAGGAGUUUGGACCACACGCAGGGGGCUUCGUCACUGCUGUGUGGAAUGUACUGCUGUCUACAGGACCACAGACAAAGUAUGAUGCUCUGGUGUCAAAUGCGCUGACCUUCCUAGCCAAGGUAGCGGAGAAGCACACAUACAAAAGUCUGUUUGAGGAUCCAGCAACACUGAGCAGUAUUUGUGAGAAAGUUGUCAUCCCCAACAUGGAAUUUAGAGAAUCUGAUAUGGAGCUGUUCGAAGACAAUCCAGAGGAGUAUGUGCGGCGUGACAUCGAGGGUUCCGAUGUGGACACCAGACGUAGAGCCGCUUGCGACCUCGUGAGAACACUGGCGCAGAACUACGAGGAGAAGAUUAUGGCUAUUUUUGGACAAUAUGUUCAGAUGAUGCUGAAGAAGUACGAAGACAGCGGGUGUACUGCGUGGCGCGGCAAGGACACGGCGAUGUUCCUGGUGACGUCACUGGUGUCCCGCGGGAGCACGCAGGCCGCGGGAGUGACGCGCGCCUCGCCGCUUGUAGAGCUCGGAGACUUCGCUCGGACACACGUGCUGCCCGAACUUAGAAAACCAGACGUGAGCCAGUUGCCUGUUCUUCGUGCAGAUGCUAUUAAAUACCUCAUGACAUUCAGGUCAUUGCUGCCCAAGGAACUGCUGAUUGAAGCCUUCCCAUUACUGGUGCAGCACGUGAGCGGGAAGGGCGUGGUGUGUACGUACGGUGCGUGCGCCGUCGAGAAGUUGCUCGCGGGGUCGCUGCUGCCGCGACCCGCGCUCGAGGCUCAGGCCGCGCCUCUGCUCGCCGCACUGUUCGGGGCCCUCGACAACUACUCCGACCCGGCCGAACACAACGAAUACGUCAUGAAAGCAAUUCUACGCACGCUGUCCUGCCUACGCGACUCUGCACUCAGUUACCUGGGUGAAGCGUUGCCCAAGCUGGCUGGUUUGUUAGCGGUCGUCACUAAGAAUCCAUGCAAGCCACACUUCAACCAUUACCUGUUCGAGACACUCUCCUUAUCCAUAUCAUUGGUGGUGAAGGCAAACCCGAACGCCAUAACAGCCUUCGAAGAUGCGUUGUUCCCGAUAUUCCAGGAGAUUCUUCAAAAUGAUGUUCAAGAGUUCAUGCCGUACGUGUUCCAAAUGCUAUCCCUCCUGCUGGAGCUGCGCGGUACUGUGCAAGCCGGCCCCGACUCUGCGUACGCGGCGCUCCUGCCGUGCCUGGUGGCGCCGCCGCUGUGGGAGCGACCAGCCAACACCCGCCCGCUGGUCCGCCUGCUGUGUGCCUUCAUCGCCACCAGCGAGCACCUGGUGCGCUCCUCGGGCAAGCUGACUGCAAUGUUGGGAGUAUUUCAAAAGUUGAUCGCUUCAAAGACAAAUGACCAUGAAGGUUUCUACCUGGUGCAGUCUUUAUUGUACAAGUUUGGAAAUUCCGACAUGCAACAGUAUACGAAGCAGAUUAUGACGUUGCUGUUUCAACGACUCUCCUCAUCGAAGACUACAAAGUAUGUUCGCGGUUUGAUCGCCUUCCUGGGAUUCUUCGCGGCCCACUUCGGAGCUGACACGCUCGUGGACAUCGUUGAUUCCAUUCAGCCUGGCAUGUUCGGCAUGUACUUGGAGAGAGUCCUGGUGCCCGACCUGCAGAAGGUCAGCGGCGCGCUGGAGCGCAAGGCGGCCGCCGUGGGCUGCGUCAAGCUCCUGGCGGACUGCCGCCACCUGCAGCAGGGCGACCUGGCCCGCUUCUACACCCCGCUCUUGCAGGCUCUGAUCGCUUUGUUCGAGCUGCCACCUGACGAGUCCAGCCUCCCGGAGGACCACUUCAUCGAGGUGGACGAAACGCCUGGCUACCAGGCGCAGUACACCCAACUCACCUGCGCUAAAGGACUGAACGCCGACCCGCUCGCCAGUGUAACCGACCCCAAGCGGUACUUGGUGGAGAGUCUUGCGGCGGUGUCGCGGGCGUCACCUGGCCUGCUUCCUCCGCGAGUGGUCGCGUUGGACGAGCCGCACCGCACCGCACUACACUCGUACCUGGCCGCCUACAGCGUGCAGUUGUGUUAGCCAGCGACUGAGUGUGUGAGCCCGCUGACCGGGCCACUGUGGACUUAGUGUUUCAUGUGCAUGAUCGUUGAUAUAAUGUGUGUGGGUAGUGCCGGUUGUGACUUAGUAUUGAAUUGUAUGUUUGUUGGUGUGCACACAGUGACAAACCCAAUGUGAAGCCGUGCCUAGCUGACUGUGUUAAUCUACUACAGACUGGUAAAGUGUGAAUGUUUCAUUAGUACUCAUCUAUCACUGUUGAUGGUGUACAAAACUAUUAGAUAUUUAUUAUUGUCAAGUAACACAAAAAGCAAGUCAGUAACCUGAUGGGUAAGUGAAAGCCCUGCCCAUUACUUGUUGCUCAAGAUUUUCUGGUUAAAUCCGAGAAUUCUGACUGGCAUCACAAUUGCGCUCACUUUGAAGAUGUUAAAACUUCAUUGGCCCAGUAAGUUCUCUAGCUAUGGCACUCUUCCAACCGAAAUAACAAUGCUUGCACACUAUGGCAGGGCUGCAUAUAAAAGCACUUGUCAGUCUUGAUUUAAAUUUCAAGUUUUUCAUUUCACUCCAGGUCCCUCACCAGUUUGCUUUUCAUAAUUUUAUAAAUUAUUUAUCCAAAUUUCAAAAUUUGUUUUUAGAUCAAUAAUAUAUUUUGUAAGUUUAUUCAUUGCUUUUCACACUGACAGUUCUAUGACAAUUCAUCCACUGUGUUAAAAGGAAUCAGAUAAACUACAUAAAUUAAAUAUUCUCAUUUAGGUCUGAGACUGAUAUUAAAAUAUAACAUGAUGUUAAAGUAGCAUUCUUUUUAGUCAAAGUAAAAAGUUCCAAGAAGAAGAAAGAUCAUAGUUUUCUAAAAAAAAAAAAACAAUUUGCUAAAUAUUCAGCUACUCUAGUUUUUAAAGAUUUAUGAUUAAAAAUAGUUUAGGAUCUUCAAACUGAUCACUUACAUUGAUUACAAUUACGGAAUUUCGAUUAGGGUCGAUGAUAAUUUGAAUCUGUUAUUGUUUUUGUUUACUUGAUGUAUUUGUAUUAAUAGUAGGUUUAAGAAGUGUUGUUAAUAAUAAUCUAUUUAAUGGAUUCUUAAUAUUAACAACAGUACCUAACUGUAUCAAUUGUUUUAAUAAUUGUUGUAAUUCUCUUGUUCUCAAUAGGAUAUAUGCAUAUGAUAUAAAUUAUAGUCAAAUAUGUUUAUAAUAAUAACAUUAGAAUUAUAAUUGUAUAAAUAUGUUAAAUUAUUUUCUUGAACACAAAAUUAACUUUAAACAAAUACGUUUUAUAAUAUAAUCCAGGGAAAUUCAAAUAUUUGAAAAGCUGUUGGUCACAGUGAAUAUGAUAUAAAAGUAUGGCGACAAAUGUCAGUUUCAACUUAUCAUCUCUACUAGUUUGCUUGUUUUUACGAACUGCCUAUGACGUCAUAGUACAUGACGACAAAAUGGCAGGUGUUAAAAUAUCCGAAUUGAUUGCGUUUUUUCAUAAAAUAGUUGAAUAUAUUUUUAAUUAUUAUUCAUAUUCAUUUAUUUGCCAUUAAAUAGGGUGGUACAAAUUUGGUCUUACCAUAGCUUAAAGUAUCUCCUAUUUAGCCAUUACAAUUACAUUACAAUUAUUAAAAUAUAAUAUGCAUAUUUCCUAUUGUCAUUUGAAAUUGUGUGUAAUUGGUUAAUGAUUAUGUAUGUUUGUUGCUGGCAACAUCAUUAAAUGAGUGUUUGUGCCCUAAAACCAUCAAAUUAAUAUUAGUUUCUGAAAUCAUUAACAACAUAUGAUUACAGGCAUUUAUUAAUAUUUAUGGAAU